AUGCCAGACAAUCCUGACGAGCCCGAGGAGCAGGUUUCUGUUGAUCAGCUCACUCCUGAGGAAGCCAGUCGUAUCAUUCAUUCCCAUCGCAAAGUUCGAUAUGGAACCGCGUGUUGGCCAUGCCGCCAGCGAAAGGUGAAGUGCGACAACAAGCAGCCGUGUGAGAACUGCGUGAAGCGGGAGCAUGCCCAGCUGUGCUCCUAUAAGCCCAACAAGUCAUCUGCUUCCAAGGCGCAGCCGUCUACCUCCGCGGAGGGUACCUCACGGAAGCGGGCUCGGUCCUCCUCAGAUGCUCGCGAUGCAAAUUCAAGAGAAGGGCCACUGAAGACUGAACGGCAAGACAGCUGGCCGCGCACAAUAGCCAGCCUUGAGGAUUCGGACGGGGCCACUGAUCGCUACCUUGGGCAGAACAGUAUUCCAGCCCUGCUGCGUGAGCAGUCAUCUCCCACGGACAAGAGCGACCGUGUUGAUAUCCGUCAGGAUAUGAGACCUAUUCUAGGCCUCGAUACAUCAGCACCGUUCCCUCUGAUGUCCUCCAACCACCUGCUUCGCUUAGCCCAGGACAUCGCGGCGGAGCUUCCCUCCGACCGAGAGGUGAUGAGACUCUUUCGAACAUACAAGGAAAUCCCUCAGCCCUUCUGGGGCUUUGUUGUUGAUAUCGAUGACUUCGAAGCCAAAUUGAUGGUUUACUUGGAAGAGCGUUCGCGGAACGCCGCCACUAGCAGUACAGUCAAGUCACCCAGGAAGGCCACAGCAUCAUGGCUUGCCAUCUUAUUUGCCGUCCUAGCUGUUGGCUCCCAAUAUCAUGAAUCCCCUUAUCAUAUUCGAACAAGAGCUUCACAGAGAUAUAUCCAAAUCUCAUUCCAUUUUCUCAGGCUGGGGAAUUUUCUCUUACGGCCUUCAUUCGACUCCAUCCAAGCCCUUCUCCUAACGAGCUUCGUGCUUCUCAAUGAUAUGAAAGCUGAAGCAUCAUGGGCCUUGACUGGACUCACAUGUCGCCUGGCCCAAUCUCUCGGCUUGCAUCGGCCCAAUGCCAACGAGGGCCGCGAAGAUGCACCACCUGAGGUUAAGUUGAAGGACAACAUUCGGCGCAAGUUGUGGUGGACCUGUGUUUGGCAUGACACUCUGACUUCAUUGUCAUUCGACAGGACACCAAUGACCAACUUCCCGAGUUGCCGAAUUCCUCUCAAGUCGGACCCUUCUAUUAGCAACUACACAUACAUCGAGACUAUGCAUCAUCUGAUUGAGAUCAUUUCUCGACGAUUGAACCCAGAGUCAAUGGCCACUGCCUCUUAUGCUCAAAUUGUCGACCAUUGCGAAGCGGUUGAGAAUCUGCGAUCGCAUGCCUGUGCCCAUAUCCAGGACAAGGAUCAGUGUAAAACGGCUCUAGACCGCUUGCAGUUCUUCGCUAUCCGCCUCCACACAUCGUUUGUUAUUUCUGUCGCAUGUCGUCCUGCCUUGAAAAGGGAUAGUGAGUUCGACCCCAACCAGAAGAAAGUGCUGGUGGAACGAUGUAAGAUCAACCUUACCGAAACGGUGAGGAUGUUCCUGGCUAUGCACCAGCUCUCUGUCAUUCCUACGCGAAGUUGGGCAUUCACCUAUCACGGCCUUUCUUCCGCUCUUCUCCUUGGGCUUCUCUGCGAAACCAAGACCGAUCCCGAGGUGCGACAGCUCCAAGGCGAUCUCAUAGCGGCCCUGUCAGCAACCGCUGCCAAAGAGGCAUCCCCAGAUCCUCAUAUUGCAACCACGGAUAAGGACAUUGAGCUCUCCGGUCCUCUUUGGAGGGCUCUUACCGCGCUGAAGAACAUCUACGAUCACGGGACCAUUGGGCGCUCGCACUUGAGGAAGACUGUUGACCCUUCAUCAGCCGGUGGCAGCGGAGACAGAACGCCUCUGCACGGAUAUGCACUAACCAACGGCAACGGCACCACCCAGCCACAAAUCCCAUUUACAAAUACCCAAUUCGCAGGUAUUCCGUCUUCCAGUGACCCGCGCGAAGAUGCGGCACUUGCCAUGGCGGAGAUGCAGAAUGGCGCCUCUCUUCAGGAAUUUAAUGGGAACCCGUACGCCACCACACUCCCGCCGAACAUCAGCCUCGAGGAGAUGGCCGCCGUCAGCGUUGAUCCGACACAAUACAUGGCUCCGAUGGAGCUAUACGAUACUAUUUGGGGAGAAUCACCCCCAGAUCCAUUUAAUGGCGGUAUGGAUCCCGUCACCUUUGACUUCCUCGCCCAGCCUCCACCAGGCCAACCGCAGCAGCAGUAUUAUUUUUGA